CCCCGCGGCGGCGGAACCAGGUGCGCGUUUCCUCGUCGCGUCUUCAGUCUUCACCCCGAGCUCACCGUCUUCUCACGGCCAGGUGUCUCGCGCGAACGUCGGGCAGGGCAUGCCCGCGUCAACGCCGCGCUCCGGCCAGGCCGUGCCAGCGUCGCGCGCGGCGCGACGUCCGUCGUGCGGCUAACCUAAUUCACGGCGCGCGGAAUCACGGAAUCUCGCCAAUCUCGGCGAGGCGGAUGGACGGACGGGCAAGAACGGCGCGCUCCCUCCCCGCGAUGAACGCGAGUCUCUACGCGGCGACGAUGGGCACGGGCGACAAGUGGGACAAGGUCUGCCGGCUCUGCUCGGAGGAGAGGAACGAGAUGCUGCCGAUCUUCGGCGACGAGGGUCUGCAGCGCAGGGUGGCGCAGAAGUUGCGCGCCUGCCUGCCCGUGCUCGUGUACAAGACCGACCCGCUGCCGAAGCAGAUCUGCCAGUUUUGCGCGGCCAGGCUGGACGACGUGUACGAGUUCCGGGAGUACUGUCUCAACGUCUUCAGGAGCAUGCACGACGUGUUGCUGAGGUACAAGCAGACGGAGUCCGCCCAGAUAUUCCUCAACGCGAUGAGGAACUCGUCGGACCCGUGCCAGGUACAGCUCUGCAAGGAGAAGUCCAGAGCACCACCGCCGCUGGUUCCUCUAUCAGCCGCCCUGCCGUACGACGACUCGGCGAUGCCGAUCAAUCAAGUCAAUCAGGACCAUCUCCAGAACGUCUGCAUGGAAGCCCUGUCCGAGUUGCCGUGCGAGGUGGAGAUCAAGGAGAUGAGCACGAUGGAGUCGAUUUUGAGCGCCGAAUCUGCCGUUUGCGAGCCGCUGAACAAGAAGCGCAAACUGUCGGAGAUGUUCGGCAUGGACAUUCAAACGGAAUCCAUUCCCGACAUGGAAGGGGCGAGAGCCCCUAAACCGGAUUAUCAGGCCAAGAAGGAGGACAAACGAACCAGUAUUCUGGAACAGGUGCUGACCGGCAAUCUGACGAAGAACAAUCACCAGAAGCUGCAAUCUAGAGCGAAGCUAACUUCGGAAUGGUGGUGCGCGCCCUGCAACAAUUAUUACAAGACGAAGGACAGCCUGAUGAAGCACAUGCAAUUGCACUGCCCGCGUAUAUAUACUUGUAGAAAGUGCUCCGCGUCCUUCGACUCCGUCGAGGUCUUGGCGAGACACGAGGCCAACAGUCAUUUGAAGGUCAAGCUGGACUUCACGGAAAACUUAUACGAUUGUGAUCAGUGCGACCGGCAGUUCGUAAGCUGGGAAAUGCUCAAGCAGCACAGGCUGCGCGAUCAUGUAGCCGAAUUGACCGAGAUCGGAAGUAACACGUGGUGUUCAUUAUGCAAUAGAUUCUUCCCUAAGCUAGAAUCUUAUCAAAAACACGUUCAGUUGCAUCAAGCGUACUCGGCGGUGAUGCCGAAAUUGUCGAAAUCUUUGGAAUCCCUGAUGGCGAAAACGGAUGAACGAACCAGAGAGAUUAAACGAGACGAACAAUAUUACGAUAAUGUGAAGCUUCUCACGUGUCCCACUUGCGGGAAGGUUUGUACCCAGCAGAGCGCACUGUCGAAUCACAUGCGCACUCACGAACCGAAGAAGCACAAGUGCGACAUUUGCGGCCGGUCAUUCGGACUUUUUAUACGCCUUGCGGGACACAAAAUAGCCGAGCACAAUGAAUCGCCAGUCUUGUCGGCAGUCGAGCAAGAGGAGGCCUUGAACGCCGAGAGGGAGGCGAGGGAAGCGAGAGACGCUAUGACCCGCGGUACCAAGAAAUCCUACUCCGAGAUAAUGGAGAAGAACGAUGUCCCGAUAGACGACGAAUCCCUGGCGAAACACAUUUCCGGUGGGAACAAAAACGUGGCGAGAUGCGGCAUUUGCUUGCAAUGGUUCAGCGAUCACACGACAAUGUUAACGCAUCUCGAAACACACGAAAAUUAUUGCCACAAAUGUAGUAUAUGUAAAAAAACGUUUAAGGAACAGUCGCAGCUCUUGAAGCACGAGGCUUGUCAUAAACGCCUAACGCUCGAUAACGCCUCACUGUACACGUCCGCUGUUAGCAACAAAUCAUUCAUGGAUAUGACGCAUCAAAAGACGCACACGGUGGAUAAAACCUAUCACUGUGCGAAGUGUAAUAAAAUCUUUUUCAAAGAAGUCUCGCUACUCGCCCACCAAUGCACGGGCGGAGCACUGUUCGGAAAGAAAGCCGCCGUGAAGUCUCGGCAGAAGACGUCGCCCUACGUCAGCAACAAGACGUACCAGUGCUCCAAAUGUGACGCGACUUUCGCGAGCUCGCAGUCACGAAACGCCCACAUGAAAAUGCAUGCCGAGUACAUGCGCGGUAAUACGGCGCAGACACACGAGAUUAAAGUAGCCAAAGCGGACGACGAAUUGAUGCCAAAAUUACAACCGGAGGCACUGCUGGAAUACACCGUAUCUCCGAUCGAGCCAAAGGUUGAAAUCAACGAGCAGAGUACACCUCCGCCUCUCAAACGGACCCUCAUUAAAACUUCUAGCGGAUAUCGGUGCGGUGUGUGCCAAUCACCGUUCGUGUCGAGGGAGCUAGCCGUAGCGCAUUUGAGAUCUGCACACCCCGUGAUGCCAUAUCAGUGCCCUUAUUGUAAGAAACGCUUCACGACGCAGUACACGUUUACUCAUCAUAUCAAGACAGAGCAUCCCGACGAGCCCGAGAAAUGAAGGUCGUUUGGAUCACGUUGAACGAAGUGGACAGAUCGAAAUGAUAUCACAUGUGCCUCGUAUUACGUAUGAGAGAGAAUUCUGUUUAUAGAUUGUACAGGGUGAAAUGCAUGUGUGGUAUAUAUACAUACACACACACACACACACACACACACACAC